AGGAAGCAAGGAAGUUACUAAAAGGAGAAAUUGAAAAAGAACAAGAACAACAGGAGAGUGUUCAAAUAAUUUUUUAAAUGUCACAAAAAAUGACUUCAAAAUUGUGGAAUGGAUCAUUAGGCAGGUUAAAACUCCAACGUAAAAGGCAGAGUGUUCAAGUACUCUCUACGUGGUCUUCCUUACACCACCGUUGCCUCUCUGUUUCCACGCCUAGACAGCAGGGCCAUCUUUACAGAUACAGAGACAGUAAAGUGAAGCCUGUUUUCAGCCAUGCAGGAGAGUUUCGGACAACUUCUUAUCAUUUACAAACAAGAAAUGUCACAACAUGGUCCCCGCUUGCUUCUGUCUUCAACAGCCAGCCUGUAGAGAAAUUUAGGUUUGACUUUAUUAAUCAGGGAUUGUUCUGCAUCCCAGGCCUCACUGAGCCUAAAAGCUUCCACAUGCUAUAUGAAGAUGCAGAAAACAUCACAGAUGAACUUGUGGCCGAGGCCGUCAGUGACAAGAGAAGCAGAAAAAUGGUGGAGGUCCUGGAUGACAUGUCCGACGUGCUGUGCAGAGUUGCUGAUAUGGCAGAAUUUGUCCGUGUUGCCCAUCCAGACAUGAACUAUUCCACUGCUGCAGAAGAAGCUUGCCUUGGUGUGAAUUAUCUGGUGGAAAAAGAGAGUAUGUGUGUGAAUGCAGUAACACAUAAAACAGAGGGAGUUCUGGGUUAUAUAUACUGUGACUUCUUUUUGAGAUAUAGGAAAAACAACCAGCCGUGUCAUUUCACAAUCCAGGGAGGACGACAGCUACCAGAUGGUGAAUAUCAGCUGCCCAAGGUGGCCCUGUACAUGAACCUGGUCCCCCCAGGGAGCACCGUGCCCUGUUUACUGACACACUCACAGCUGGAGAACCUUUGGCACGAGAUGGGGCACGCCAUGCACUCCAUGUUAGGCAGGACCAGGUACCAGCACGUGACAGGUACGAGGUGCAGCACAGACUUUGCUGAAGUCCCUUCAAUCUUGAUGGAGUAUUUUGCACUUGAUCCAAGGGUGAUUUCCAGUUUUGCCCGCCAUUACAAGACAGGAGAGGAAAUGCCAAGUCAGAUGGUGCAGGGCAUACACAAUUCAAAGAAAACUUUUCCUGCUCUGACCCUCCAGCAGUCAGUAUUCCACAGUAUGUUGGACCAGGUCUACCACGGAAAACAUCCUCUGGGUAAAAGUACGACAGACAUUUUAGCUGAAGUACAGAAUGAGUAUCUUGGGUUGCCCUACGUGCCAGGCACUGCGUGGCAGCUGAGGUUUUCCCAUAUUGCUGGUUAUGGUGCUCGCUAUUACUCCUAUCUCCUCUCCAAGGCUCUGGCUGCCAAGAUCUGGCAGAGGUGCUUCAGGGAUGACCCCUUUAACAGAACAAUGGGUGAACAAUAUCGCCAGAAAGUGCUGGCUCACGGAGGACAGAAACCGCCAUUAGAACUUCUACAAGAUCUCCUGGGUGAAGAGUUGACACCACAGACAUUUGUUGACACGCUAAUUGAGGAUCUUGACAAUUAACACAGCAGUUAAAAAUGAUUUAUAUUCAAAAUACUGGCACUUUUAAUGCUAGGAUUUGCCCCCUUAUUGUCUGGUUAAUAAAAUUAACUAUUUCUUCAAAUUCAUUGGGUUUCCCUCAUUCCCUCAUGUUUUUUUAAAAUUCUGGUGUCAUUUUAACUGAAAAGUAAAUAUAUUUGUAACAUAUCCUAAGUUUAAAAGUUUCACAGAAAAGUUAUGUGUAUAUAUUGACAUGAUUGAUAGAGAACAGACAAUAAUUCUCAGUUUUCCAUGUAUUAUUAUGAAAAGAAUAACAGUAGAUGAACACUCAGUUGAACCAAGAUACCUUAAUUUUAUACAUCAUAUCUUGUAUAGAUAAAGCCAUCACCUAGGUUAUUCACCAGUGACAAGAACUUAGAUUUCUGUUUAAUUUAGUCCAUGCAGAUUAUAACAUUUGAGUGUCAAAUUUUAUUUCAUCUGCAUCAACAUAUUUUUUUGAAAUAAAAUCCA